AUGGCGGAACCCACGAGCGCCGACCUCCUAGCUGAAGCGCGCGAAGCAGCCGGUCGCAACCCCGUGACCGGCCGCCCACAGCCCGUUGUCACAGGCAAGAAAGCGAAGAAACAGAAAUUGUCGUUGGAACAACAGCAACAGGCGGCUGAAGAACAGAAGGCCGCGUUCCUUGCUUGGGCGGCAAGACAUCCACAGGAGGGCGGGCGGCCGUAUGAGAGCUACGAGGCUUUUGUGCAGGAGAUGGUGGCGAAGCGGACGGGGAAUGUGGAGCAGCGGACUGGUGAGGGAUAUUAUGCGCCGGAGAGGAGUGUGGGGGAGUAUUAUUCUGGUGGGGUGAGGGAUUAG